AUGAAACCAUAAUAGAAGUAAAAGUAUCAAUCUGUGAAUUCAGAGGAAAGACUAAAAAUAAUAAAAUAUUUUAUUGAAGGAUCACUAUCAGCAUCCUAGAUUGCUUAAAUCACAGGGUACAACCUCUCAACAAUAAAGGCAAUUUUUCGUGUUUAUAGAAAUGAAGGAAGAAUAGACAAAAAAUAAAAAAGAGAUAGAGAACUCCAUGCCUAAAAAAAUGUAGCAGUAUUUAUAGUGGAUGAGGAGACAAGAUAUUUAAAGUUUAUCAUCAAAUAACAGACGAAGAAGGAGGUCAUUUUAAGAAGUCACGAAAAAUAUAUGGAAACCUCAAAUGAUAUAGUCAAUAUAACUUUACAGAAGGCAUAAAAUGAAAUAAGAAACAAUUUGAGCAAUUUGCAAUCAAAAAGGAAUUUUGACGAAUCUUUGGAAAGCAUAUUGAAGAAUGGGAUUAAAGAAAAAGAAAUUAUCAAUAUACCCUAAAGAAGGAAUUACUAAUUUGAGCCUAAUUCUUAUAUUGAUGUGAAAACUAUUUCAAAUUUAUUUAAAUAAAGAGAAAACUUGCCAUUAAAAAAAACGUGCACAUAGACUUCUUAAAAUUUUGGGAUGCAUUAGGAAUAGCAAUUAUCUGAUGUCAAACGAAUUUUUGAGUUUUAAGUAGAAGAAUAUUUAAGAAAAUCUUAAUAAGAGAAUUUAAAAUGA